CAAAUACGUCACUCGCGGUUCAGAGUUGAAGGUAAAGCUGAAGCAUGGCGGCUUUAGUAAACUGCAGAGCGGUGUUUCAGCCUUUCCGAGCUCAAAUAAACUUUAUCGGCGGCGUCUGCAAACGGGACAGCGUUUUGCACGCGUUUCUAACCAAGAGAGCGCCUCGCUGUGUGCGACUGAGCAGCUCAGACGUAAAGUCUGGAGAUGACCUUAUCGUUAGAUACUUGGACGGUGAUGACUCAGGGAUUGUUGUUUUGGGGAUUAAUCGCCCUCAGUCUAAAAAUGCCAUCAGCAAAAAUCUUGUUACAAUGAUGUCAGAAGCUCUCGAGUCAUUAAAGCAAGACAACAAAGUGCGUACUGUAGUUUUGUGCAGUAUGGUGCCUGGAAUAUUCUGUGCAGGCGCAGACUUGAAAGAAAGAGCAAAGAUGCAGCAGAGUGAAGUAGGACCGUUCGUGACUAAAGCAAGAACGCUAAUAACAGAACUUGGCACUCUUCCCAUGCCAACGAUCGCAGCCAUUGAUGGAGCAGCUCUUGGAGGAGGUCUUGAAAUGGCUCUUGCCUGUGACAUCAGAGUGGCAGCCAGCUCCGCUAAGAUGGGACUAGUUGAGACCAAAUUAGCCAUCAUUCCGGGCGCUGGGGGAACUCAGCGUCUGCCACGAACUGUAGGAGUGUCUGUAGCUAAAGAGCUGAUAUUUGCGGCACGGGUUCUGAGCGGUGACCAAGCCAAGAGUCUGGGCCUAGUGAAUCACGCUGUGGAGCAGAAUAAGAGUGGAGAUGCGGCGUAUCUGCGAGCUCUGGAUCUGGCCCGCGAAUUCAUCCCUCAGGGGCCAAUUGCGAUUCGAAUGGCGAAGUUAGCAAUCAACCAGGGAAUAGAGGUGGAUUUGAAGACCGGAUUAGCUAUUGAAGAGGCAUGUUAUGCUCAGGUGAUCCCGACCAAAGACAGGCUGGAAGGUUUGCAGGCGUUCAAAGAGAAACGUCCUCCUCACUAUAAGGGCGAGUAACUGUGGCCUAACCAACCCAAUUACAAGCAGCUGCCUUUUGAAUCGCCUGCCACUGCUGGAAAUUUUCAUAAAGAAUGUUGCAUAUCUGAAAUGUUUGGAGCACUGCUGGGUCCCUGGGGGCCCGAUGACGGGAUUCAAGCUGAAAUGUUUGAAAGAUGAAAGCAAUUCCAACUUCUUUUUGCAUGGUAUGUCCUUUUGUUAACAUUUGUUCAUUCUCAUCUGUUAAAAUAAAAUGGUUUGCCUUUUUUAAAUUAACUCAAAAUGCAACUUUUCCAAUGUACAAUACUCUGUUGAUGAUGUGUCUGCUCUGAGGAACAUACAACCCUAACUAAAUCUGGUUGGGUAGGUUGAUGUUAUGCAUCAAAACUGCUUUCACUUUAAACAUGUUCAUGUAAGCAGUCAAUGUCCACCCAGUUUUUGCCCUAAGGGUAAUGUUUUUAGAAAAUGUGGUGUUGUGAAUAUUUUUAAUUUAUGUAAUAAAAAAAUUAAGCACA